AUGGCCCGUGGAUUUAAUGGACGACAGGGACAGGGUUCGUUUCGGGGGUUUCGAGGAGGCCGAGGCCGCGGCCGAGGGCGGGGAGGCUCCAACGCGUCAAGACCGGACGCCGUGCUUUCGAGAGAUGACGAGGGUACAAAGCUGGCAGAGAGGUUUGAGCAAGUUAGAGUGAACGAUGAGAUUGACGAGAAGCUGGGUUUCGCGCGGAUACAGGAGGGACCGAAGAAGGAGGGGUGGUUGAUCAAUAUGCAUCCGACAAUCAUGAAAGACUCUGACUGGCCUAGCGGCAAGGCAGCGGUUGAUUUUUACUUUAUACAAGAUGACGGUGGCAUGUUUAAGUGCACCUACCAGUACGAGCCCUAUUUCUGCGUCUCAUGCACGAACGGUAUGGAAACAAUCGUCGAAGAAUGGCUCAUCAAGAAAUACGAGGGUCUUAUUUGCCGCAUCGUCCGCGAACGGAAGGAAGACCUCAAGAUGCCGAAUCAUCUUCUCGGCCAUCGUCGCCUAUACCUCCAGCUCUGCUUCCGCAACGUUUCCGACUUACUAGCUGUCCGGCGCGACAUCGUGCCCUUAGCUCUUGCAAACAGCGCAAAGCGCAGCGCUGUUGAUGCCUACGCAGAGGUAGUCAGCGCCAGCGCGCACAAUGAUGUGAACAGAGCAUGGGGUGCUGAGACGGAUGAUUUAGCAGCCAAGGAUAAAGAUCCACGCGAGGGCAUUAUCGACGUGCGCGAGUACGAUGUACCGUAUUAUCUGCGCGUGGCCAUGGACAACGAGAUUCGCGUUGGGAUGUGGUACGCGAUCACGUUCAAUGCGGGGCAUCCUGCGUUGACACCAAUCAUGGAUCGAGUCAAGCGCCCUGAUCCCGUGGUCAUGGCGUACGAUAUCGAGACAACCAAGGCGCCAUUGAAGUUUCCAGACCAAGCCAUUGACCAGGUCAUGAUGAUAUCAUAUAUGGUCGACGGUCAAGGGUACUUGAUCACCAAUCGUGAAAUUGUCAGCCAGGAUAUUGAAGAUUUCGAGUAUACUCCGAAGGAGGGAUAUGAAGGUCCGUUCAUAGUGUUCAAUGAGGCCGACGAGGCAGCUACUAUUACUCGAUUCUUUGAGCACAUCCAAGAGGUGAAGCCAACAGUGAUGGCCACUUUCAACGGCGACUUUUUCGAUUUCCCCUUCCUUAAUGCGCGUGCACAGGUGCAUGGCAUCGACAUGUUCCUUGAAACAGGAUUUGCGAAGGACACUGAAGACGAGUACAAGAGUCGGACGUGCGUGCAUAUGGAUUGCUUUCGAUGGGUGAAGCGCGACUCGUAUUUGCCGCAAGGAAGUCAAGGCUUGAAAGCUGUGACUGUUGCUAAGCUUGGUUAUAAUCCUAUUGAACUGGAUCCAGAGUUGAUGACGCCAUACGCACUUGAGCAACCACAAACACUAGCGCAAUACUCAGUCUCAGAUGCAGUCGCGACGUACUACUUGUACAUGAAAUACGUUCACCCCUUCAUCUUCUCGCUCUGCAACAUAAUCCCGCUUUGUCCAGAUGAAGUUCUUCGUAAAGGUACAGGUACUCUUUGCGAGACUUUGUUGAUGGUAGAAGCCUUCCGUGGGCAUAUCAUUAUGCCGAAUCGACAUGAGGAAGAGCAUGGUAAUAUGUACGAAGGACACUUGUUGGCGUCUGAAACAUACGUCGGUGGUCACGUCGAGGCCCUCGAAGCUGGCGUGUUCCGCAGUGACAUCUCGACACAUUUCAAGAUUGAACCGUCUGCAGCGCAGAAGCUCAUCGAUGAAUUGGACGCAGCCUUGUCGUUUUGCAUCACAGAAGAGUCCAAAUCAUCCCUCGAUGACGUGGCGAAUUAUGACGAAGUCAAAGGCCAGAUUCAAGCCGCCCUCGAGGAAAUGCGGGAUAAUCCCCUUCGAAUGGACAAGCCAUUGAUCUAUCAUUUGGACGUGGCAGCCAUGUAUCCAAACAUCAUGUUAUCGAACCGUCUACAGCCAGAUUCGGUCGUCGACGAAUCGGUCUGUGCUGUCUGCGACUACAAUCGUCCGGGAAAGACAUGCGACCGCCGCCUAACUUGGGCAUGGAGGGGAGAAUUUUUUCCCGCGCGACGCGACGAGUACAAUAUGAUUCGACAUGCACUGAACCAGGAAACAUUCCCACCCAAGAAGAAUGGCGGCCCCCCGAGGAAAUUCGUUGAUCUCUCGGAGACAGAGCAGACGGCGCUGAUCCACAAGCGCCUGGGCGAUUAUUCCAGGAAAGUCUACAAGAAGAUCAAGGAUACCAAGGUGGAGAACCGUGAGGCGAUCCUCUGCCAACGCGAGAACCCUUUCUACGUAGAUACCGUGCGGCGGUUCCGAGAUCGUCGUUACGAGUACAAGGGCCUCCACAAGACUUGGAAGAAAAACCUGGACACGAUCGUAUCCGAAGGUCGCUCGCUCGCGGAAGUUGACGAAGCUAAGAAGCUGAUCGUUGUCUAUGAUUCCCUGCAGCUUGCACAUAAGUGCAUCCUGAACUCGUUCUAUGGCUACGUUAUGCGGAAGGGCGCGCGCUGGCAUUCAAUGGAGAUGGCUGGUGUUACGUGCUUGACGGGAGCUACGAUCAUUCAAAUGGCUCGCCAGCUCGUCGAACAAGUCGGUCGACCCUUAGAGUUGGAUACCGACGGCAUUUGGUGUAUGCUUCCCGGCGUGUUUCCCGAAAAUUUCAAGUUCAAAUUGAGGAAUGGAAAAGCCAUUGGUUUCUCCUAUCCUUGCACCAUGCUCAACCACCUCGUUCACGACCAAUUCACCAAUCACCAGUAUCAUGAUCUUGAUCCAGAGACGGGCGAACACAAAGUCCACAGUGAGAAUUCUAUCUUCUUCGAACUGGAUGGUCCGUACAGGGCGAUGAUUCUACCUUCGUCCAAGGAGGAAGACAAAUUAUUGAAGAAGCGGUAUGCAGUCUUUAAUGACGACGGAUCGCUUGCAGAAUUGAAAGGCUUCGAGGUCAAGCGUCGGGGCGAGUUGCAGCUUAUCAAGAUCUUCCAGUCUCAGAUUUUCGAGAAGUUCCUGCUCGGAUCUACAACUGAAGAAUGCUACGCUGCCGUCGCUCAGGUAGCCGAUCAAUGGCUAGACGUACUAUUCACCAAAGCAGAGGAUCUCUCAGAUGAAGAGUUGGUGGAGCUUAUUGCCGAGAACAGGAGCAUGUCAAAGACACUAGCUGAGUACGGUACACAGAAGUCGACAUCUAUCAGCACAGCCAAGCGUCUUGCAGAGUUUUUGGGCAGUCAAAUGGUCAAGGACAAAGGUUUAGCCUGCAAGUUCAUUAUCUCGGAACGACCUUUUGGAGCGCCAGUCACAGAACGCGCGAUUCCUGUAGCCAUUUUCUCAGCCGACGAGAGCGUGAAGCGGACGUAUCUUCGAAAGUGGCUUAAGGAUAAUGGCCUUACACAGUUUGAUCUGCGAUCUAUCCUGGACUGGGAAUACUACAUCGAACGCCUUGGUUCAGUCAUUCAGAAGCUCAUCACCAUCCCUGCGGCUAUGCAAAAAGUCGCCAAUCCCGUCCCACGUAUUCGCCAUCCUGAUUGGCUUCACCGCCGAGUCGUAGCACUAGACGACAGAUUUCAGCAACAUAAAGUCACCGAUUUCUUUAAGCGCAUGACGGUCGAAGACAAAAGCCAGGCCACUCAGCCCCCGGAUAUCGAGGAUUUGCAAGGGCGCGGUCUGCGUCCCACACGUCCGCGAAUUGCUGUCGUCAAUCGAAAGGGCAAGCGCAGAUUGCCUUCUGAGGAGCCUGCGCUCCAGAUUUCUACGGAGCCGCUUCCAAACCCCUCUUCUAACUACUCUGCCUGGAUCAAGGCAAUGAGACCUCGCUGGAAACAAAAUCGCAUUGCGCGUGCAGGCGAUCCAGAUUCACCUAUGAUACCCUCAAUGUUUGGACCUACGAAAAUGAAAAGCUCUUCCCGCUGGGAUGUUGUCCAACUUCGCCCAACUAGGACACCUGGGCGGUACAAUCUCUGGCUCUCAGUUGACUCGAAGUUGGUGUCUGCGCCCCUUCGGAUCCCUCGAGAAUUUUAUCUGCAUCUAAGGAACCCUCCUUCAGAUGACUUUUUCCGAACCGACCUAUACUCUUGCGAUAAGGUUGUGAAGAACCUGCCUCGCAACCUCCCUUGUGUCAAUCUGUACAGGGUCGCGGUUCGUGAGGACAUAUACCAACAGGCUCAAGAGCACUUUGUGGACCUCACAAAUGAUCCAAACGUCGACGGCAUUUUUGAACUGCAGGUUCCUCUCGUCAUUCGUGGUCUUCUCAAACUCGGCAAGACCUGUGAGACCAAGGACAACAUUACUCUGAAUCGUGCACAAAUUACUGGCCUAGAUCUUGAUGCCCUCCAACCAGCUCAUCCUAAUUAUCGAUCCAAGUACCUUGAUGAAGGCAGAGCUGGAAAAUAUGUAUUUUUGUAUCACGCAUGCUCGAUUAACCGCCCUACUCAAAUCUUCGCCCUCUUCCUCCCUAACGGCAAUGUCAGACUCCAUCUCGUUGAUCCUGCGACUAGGCGACAGCCGAUCUCUCGUCUUCGUGAACUCUACGAAGAGCAGUGGCAACAGCAUCGGGAGAAACACGGGACCAGCGUAUCUCUGGAAUAUCCUGCUCACCGAAAUUUCAGCCCUGCAGAUUACCACGCCAAUGAUAUCACGGCUUUAAAAGCCGUGUCGAGAGACUUAGGCAUGUUGGAAGACCAAUCGCUUACUGUGGUCAUCUCUUCGGUGAAGGAACAAAGUUAUUUCGAUGCAUUCCUUCCCAAGCUUUCCAAGUUUCCAGUGCUCUCCAUGCCAAAAGCCAGGGCACCGCAUAGUCUAGAUGUCUUCCCUUGGCAAACCCAUUUUGCUCAAAAGAUGCUCAUCCGUUAUUUUUCGCUUGGUCCGUGGCUGGAUCGGAUGGUCUCCCUAGCUGAAUACUACAACGUACCCAUUGGCCACAUUGACGGCGAUCAGCCACUGUUCCUGUCUGAUCUGGACUUUGCGCGUCGGUUGACCAAUCAGGAUACUCUCUUAUGGUGGUCACCAAGUGGACGUCCUGACCUUGGCGGCAUGGAGGAUGAUCGACGAUUUACCGAGGAGCUUCCCCAGACCGAUUUUGUAUCUCCAGGUUGUUAUUCGAAUGUCAGCCUCGAGAUCACCGUGCGAAAUCUCGCGGUCAACGCUGUCCUUCAUUCUGUUGUCGUCAACGAACUUGAAGGCAGUGGAGGAACCACCGCUUUCGACUCGGUAUCCCACAUGAUCGACGAGUUCGCGGAAGGAGAGGCCAAACGAGAUCUCACCUUAGGCGAAUCCAACAUCUCUCCGCAAACUAUCGGUGUCAUGAAGUCGAUGGUCAAGACGUGGCUACUGGACAAGAUCCGCUAUAAUUUCGAAAGCCCUGCAUCCCUCGCGAUCGACCAUUUCUGGCGAUGGAUCAGCUCAAGGGCAUCUCAUAUGUAUGAUCCCAGUAUGCAUCGUUUCGUCCAUGGCCUCAUGAGGAAGACCUUCAUUCAACUCCUGGCUGAAUUCAAGCGAUUGGGAUCGCAUGUCGUCUAUGCUGACUUCAGCCGAAUUCUACUCGUCACCUCUAAACCUCCUGGUACAGCGCAUGCGUACGCAACAUAUAUCACCACCGCAGUGACAUCCCACGAACUCUUCCAACACAUCUACCUAUUCACCGAAAAGUUCUACGACUUCCUGAUAUUCAUGGAUGAAGCCAACCUUGGCGGGAUCGUAUGCGAAGAUCCACUAGCCGUCGAACCUCCAGAUGAGCUCAUCAUCGAGAUGAACUGGAAUAUCCAAAAGCAUCUCCCAGUCGCGAUCCAGAGGGACUUCAUCGACCUCGUUCGAUACUUUAUCAUUCAUCUAUACAAAACAAAGCAGAAGGCGAACGAGAACUCGCGUGGACCCCUUCGUAUCUUAUCCAACGGCGCACCUGACGUGACCCAGAGGGAUGCUGCGAGAACGAAGGAGAUGGACAGCGUCAAGGAUUUCCUUGCCCGGCGGCUUAUGCGGAAGCUAUUCAUGUUCAUCGACAGUGUGCAGACACGGCAUCGGAAUGCCUCAGUUGACGAGGAGCUUAGUGCCGACUUCGAGUUUCCUCUCCUCCCGGGCUCGUACCUCAAUAUGUCCGACCCUACUCUCGAGUUCAUCAAAUUUGUGUGCGCCGUAUUCGAACUCGCGAAGGAUUACCAGAGCGAAGUUGGGCUCUUGAAGCGGAACGCACUCGAGCUGAUCGGCGUGAAGUAUUUCGGAGAUGAAGUCAUUUUCCGGAAUCCCUGUGACCCUCUCAAGCUGCCCAGCGUACCUUGCAGGCACUGCGACGCCCUGCGCGACUUCGACUUCUGUCGGGAUCCUGACCUGCUCCCUAACAAUCAGGAGAUAUCGCCAAAGUGGUCAUGUUCAGACUGCGGGGGCGAAUACGAUCGGGUGGCCAUUGAGCUAGAAUUGAUGGAGUUUGUGCAUGGGCUAGAGAGGACGUUCGCUCAGCAGGAUCUGAAAUGCGGAAAGUGCAAGCAAUUGCGCUCAAACAACGUGGCGAAGCAUUGCCAAUGCUCAGGAUCGUUCCAGCUGACUAUCAAUAAAGCAGAUGUCAGGAGGAAGCUGAAGACCGUCUUCAAUGUUGCAAUCGUCCACAAGCUGGUGAGACUAAGGGAAACCGCCCAAGUUGCACUAGGUAGUUCAUGA